AUGAAGUAUUUGUACUCCUUUGUUUUCCAGCUCAUCGAUUUGAAACUUACUCGCAAUCUCUCUAUCAUGGGACUGUCACUGCUGACCGGACAAGUACUUCCGCAUCAUAUCGAGAUUAGCCCAAUCAGAACGGGUAAUGCUGAUUGGGACCAGAUCAUAAACAUGCUUCUGAGCAUCAAAAUGCUGGUUGGUGGAGUUGUCGCUGUGAUUCUAGAUAAUUCUGUGCCAGGCGCAACAUUACGUCAGCGAGGAUUGAAACAACAUGAUGAUGCAGAAAAACAAGAAAAGCUGGAAGAUCUGGAAGAUGACGGUUAUGCUUUUCCAAAAUGUGUGAAUAGGUAA